AUGGCUGAAAGGUGCCUACAAGAUACGGAUCAAUGGUGCAUAAAGUUUUGCGCCUUAUUACACUGGACGAUUGGACAACCUGCACGUGGCAGUGAAUUCACAAGCACAACGUACGAGCGACAUUACUUAUCGGCUGGCCAACACUUUGAACGAUCAAUGGCACUUUUGAAUUAUUGUGACGACGACGACAAUGGUGAUGACGAGGGUGAACAACAUUUUGAUGGCCAACACGUAUUACAAGAGAUGCAUCCAAAAUGUCGGCUGGCCAAUACAACACAUUCAACGUGCCUUCACAAGUCCCAUCAGACAAGUUUGAACAGUUUUCAUCACACGUCUUUAUUUUGGCACAGUAUCAUCGAUAUACUUGAUGCGCCACGUAUGCAACAACAUCAACAGGACAACACUCGACCUAGCAAUCGAGCCAAUAGCCUAUGUGCAGAUUAUAUCACACGAGAUGCAGCUACCCGCGUAGGCGCUCAACUUGUACCUGUGAUUGGAUCUAUCCAAAGAGUCGCCAAUGCGUAUACAACAGCAGUGGAUAUCACCACCCAAAUGGCAGGCAAAAUGGCUACUCAUACUGUAAAGAUGGCGACAUGGAUGCAGACUUCAAAUGAGAAAAAUACAGCAACCCAUCAACAAUUGUAA